UCGUCUGGGCGACUAGGAGGAAAAAGAGAAGGGUGUUGGGCCUGGCUGGCGAACCCUGCUUUCGGACUGCUGGGCGGUUCCGCGGGGCGGUGUCCGGGGAGUUGCGGAGCCCAAGUGCCCGGGGUUCACGCCACACUCUGGAAGGUGCUUGAGUGGCCGGCCAGAGAUCGCGGCCAGCAAAACCCGCGCGCGGGACCAUGGGCUGCUUUUUCUCCAAGAGGCGGAAGGCUGGGAAGGACUCGCAGGCAGAAGGCGAGGAGCAGCAGCCGAAACAGUACAGCUGGGAUCAGCGUGAGAAGGUUGAUCCAAAAGAUUACAUGUUCAGUGGACUAAAGGAUGAAACAGUAGGCCGCUUACCUGGAAAGGUAGCAGGACAACAGUUUCUCAUUCAAGACUGUGAGAACUGUAACAUCUAUAUUUUUGAUCACUCUGCUACAGUUACUAUCGAUGACUGUACCAACUGCGUAAUUUUUCUGGGACCCGUGAAAGGCAGUGUGUUUUUCCGGAAUUGCAGAGAUUGCAAGUGUGCAUUGGCUUGCCAGCAGUUUCGCGUGAGGGAUUGUAGAAAGCUGGAAGUCUUUUUGUGCUGUGCCACUCAACCCAUUAUCGAGUCUUCCACAAAUAUCAAGUUUGGCUGUUUUCAAUGGUACUACCCUGAAUUAGCUUUCCAGUUCAAAGACGCAGGGUUAAGUAUCUUCAAUAAUACCUGGAGUAACAUUCACGACUUUACACCUGUAUCAGGAGAACUCAACUGGACUCUUCUUCCAGAAGAUGCUGUGGUUCAGGACCAUAUUCCUCUGCCUACCACCGAAGAGCUCAAAGCUGUACGCAUUUCUACAGAAGCCAACAGAAGUAUCGUUCCAGUGUCCCGGGGUCAGAGACAGAAGAGCAGUGAUGAAUCAUGCUUGGUGGUAUUAUUUGCUGGUGAUUAUACUAUUGCAAAUGCCAGGAAACUAAUUGAUGAGAUGGUUGGUAAAGGCUUUUUCCUAGUUCAAACAAAGGAAGUAUCAAUGAAAGCUGAGGAUGCCCAAAGAGUUUUUCGGGAAAAAGCACCUGAUUUCCUUCCUCUUCUGAACAAAGGUACUAUUAUUGCCUUGGAGUUUAAUGGAGAUGGUGCUGUAGAAGGAUGUCAACUUAUUGUCAACGAGAUAUUCAAUGGGACCAAGAUGUUUGUAUCUGAAAGCAAAGAGACAGCAAAUGGCGAUGUAGACAAUUUCUACAACUUUGCUGAUAUACAGAUGGGAGUGUGAAGUACAUUGUGGAACCAAGAACUUGGUAUUAACCCCUUUCAACUUGUGUAUUUGCAGUGGCUUUUAUUAAUGCUAAAACUGCUGUUUAUUUUUAAAUAAAUUGAUGAAUAAUGUAAUGUGUACUUGAGAUUCACAAUCAGUUCAUUUUAAAUUCAGUAGUUUUUAAUCAGCUUAAAAAUUAACCCACUUCAAUAAGCUUGCAGUUUUCUUUUUCUGCAUAUGAUACAAGUAGAAGUGGUUAACAGUUCAUGAUUUUAAGCCUAAUCAAACAUUCAAAUCUCUAAUAAUUUAAACUUUCCUUGGUGCACCAUGAUAUUUGUUUGAGAAUACAUUCCAUUGCUUAUUUUCUUUUUUUAAUUUAGAGGGGUUUGUUACUAGUUAAUCAAUUAGAAUGAACCUGUGCACAUUAUUGUCAUGAUACAUAUCCAAUUAAAUAAUGGCUUCCUAGUUGUCUAAUAUGGCAAAUGAGAUUUUGUACUGGUGUUAACAUUAUACUUUAUAUAAAAUGAAUUUUUUAAAUUGAUAGAUACUUGAUAACCAGUUUUGCAAGUAACUCUACUAACUGAUGUUGGUAUAGCUGUUUAAAGACUACUUUGUAAGUAGUAUGAUUAUUAGAAUAUAGUCCACACUGUUUAGUUUUUGAAAACCACUAGAUGACUCGUCUGCUUCCUGGUAAGAAAAAGUAUAUGCAACACUGAAACUAUAGCAACCCAAUCACUGGCAGUUUCGAAAACGGUGAUGACUGUUUAUCAGCUCUUGCAGGCCAUUAGGAGAAUUAGAAGAAAACUUGUGACGUAAAUAAGAAUUACUUAGGCAUGAUAAGCUAAGCAGACUACUAAAAAGCUAUAUAAAUGUUAUUUUCAUUAGAUAUGUUACUCAUAUCAAGUAAUGUUCAAGUAGGAUAAAAUCAUUUUGGUUGCUUCAAAGCAUCAUUUCCCAAAUCAACCUGAUCAUAAUAAUUUACCAGGAGGCAGGGGAGAGCUACUUGUUUAAAAAUCCACCUUCUUGGACCCAGUCCCCUCAGAUUCACUAGAUUUAGUCUCCAGGGGAAACUCUGUUUUAAGGAGUUUGUUGUAAUCCAAAGCAAUCCAUACAGAAGAUGUCGUUAGGUUGAUCUUGAGAAAAGGGACUGAGCCUACCAUCUACAUCAUGUGUAGCAGUUAAUAGGAAAUCAGCUUUCAUAGGUCUAUUUUUAAAAGGAACCUUAAAUUUAAUUCUAUUUUGGUAAAACUAAGACUGCAAAUAGCCACUUGUAAAAAUUCCCCUUAUGAUUGUUUACUAAACAUUGUAUUUUCAUGUUUAAGCUGUUUUUUGUCUUAAUUUAUAACUACUACAUUGAAUUAUGUGUUUAUGUUCAGCAAUGAUUCAUUAACAAAUUUCUCACUUUAAUUAGUAAUAUUGACCACCUACCCUAUGCUUGGCCUUAUGGGAACCAUUAGCAUUGUAUCUCAUUUCAAUCCUUUGAUAAGAGCAUUCUAUGCUGCAUAAUUAACCUCUCAUUUAAAUCAAAAUGAUUUAAUAAGACAUAAAUAAAAACUGGUGACAUGAUUAAUAUGAUCAUGAUUUAUAAGUGAGUUUUACAAAUAGUGGUCAGAGGGCAUUAAUUUUUCCCACAGUUAAGCUAAAUUAAACAUUCCUUUUAAUCAUUAUUACAUUAUUAAACCCCAUUAUUCACAUUUAAAAUAAUCACGAACUUUUGCUUUUCAAAAAUAAAGCACAAUGUUAUGCAAAGCUGUAAACUGAAUUCUUUAUUUUAUCUAUGUUAUUUUAGCAAAAACUCAGGAAUAUAACAUAAGAGAGACAUUAAUUUCAAUUUUUUCACUAAAUUUAGUGUCUAUUAACCAAAGGCUAAAAUUUUAUAUGUGUCAGUUAUGUAAGAGCUUUUACCCAAGUUUAAAUUGUUUUUUGAAGACAGUCAUUUGACUUCUGAUUGUUUAAAAUGAUUUUUAAAUAUAAGUACUAUGAUUGUUGUUUCUAUAAU